AUGAAGUUGCCCGAGUCUAAAUUCCUGACGAUUCCCACCUCCGCGACUUCUGACACUUCUAAAAGUGCUGAUGUUGGUAUAAGUCCCCGCUUUCGCCUCCCCACAUCACUUGAAUCUGGCUUAAAUCGGCUAUACCAGACUAUGCAGCAGCAGCCUAAAUCGUCUACGUCUGGUGACUGGCUGACGCGACCAAAACCACUAGGCAAUACUACGGCCUGGGAUGCUGCUUAUGCAUCGCUCUUAAGUGAAUACAGCCCAUCUGAGAAACCUGAAUUCAACUUUCCACUGCUUUCCAAAUUCACUAUACCGAAACAACAUCCGCAGCUAGGCAAAGUUAAUAGUCUAGGUUCGAAAGCCGACUUUCCAAAGUGGCCAGAUACGCUAACGCGGUCUAGUAUCGGCCUCGAGGCAGAGUAUUUUAUCCCUCCGAGAGCCAAAUCAUCUUUAGCUGUUCCUUUAUCGACAUAUCAAAAUGCACCUAAUGGUUGUGCCAACAUCAGUGCUUGCACAAGCAACGGUUCAUGGACUGGUUCAGCAUGGCUAUCACCAUUAGAUUCAUAUGCAUAUACUCAGUUAACCGGAUGGAUUCAAAAACUGACGCGUAAGUGGAUUCAAUACAUCAAGUACGAAACUAAAAAUAAAUGA